ACAGAGAGAUAAUAUAAUUAUAAUAGUUUGGAUUGUAGAGAAAGAUGGUGAUCAGAUGUGGGUUUUGGAUGGUAAUGAUAAUAUUAAUAAUAACAAGUCAUGAAUGUUAUUUGAUCAUGUGUCAUGAUGAUGGAGGGGUUCGUUGCAUUGAAGAGGAAAGGAAAUCUCUCCUCGAAUUCAAAGCUGCUUGGCUGCCGGGGAUGAAUUCAUGGGCAAUUGACAGCGUCUUUAAUUCCUGGGUAGAUGAUCAUCAUCGUCAUAACUGUUGUGACUGGGAGAGGGUCAGUUGUGAUCCCGUUACGGGCCACGUCUUACAACUCUCAUUGUCAGACAUUCUCUACUCUACUGGGAAUAUGGAAGCAAUUGCAACAGGAAUUCAGAAAUUGUCAACUCUAAAGCAAUUGGAGAAUCUAGAUAUAAGUGGUAAUCAACUUGUUGAUAGUAUUUUGCCAUCUUUGAGUACACUUAAAUCUCUCAAGAAGCUCAGUCUCGGUCGAAAUUAUUUAUUCAAGGAUGAUUUUUCAUCUAAAGGGUUGGAAUCACUACAACAAAUAAGAGAAUUGGAUAUGUCAUCCUGUCGCUUAACAAACAAAGACGUCGAGAAAUUAUCAGCUCUAAGGCAAUUGGAGAGUCUAAAUAUCGGUAAUAAUGAUCUCAAUGCUAGUGUUUUGACAUAUUUAAGUGCAAUUAAAUCCAUCAAGGUACUUGAUCUCGCCGGAAAUAAUUUAUUCCAUGAAAAGUUUUCAUCACAAGAAUGUGAACCUUUGUUGAAAUUAAAGAAAUUAGAAGGGUUAUUUCUUUCAUAUAAUACCGAUGAUGACCAUAUUGAUGAGAACAAGAAAAUAAAUGUGUCUUGUUUGGGUUCGUUACCAUCCCUAAGGAGACUUUCUCUAAGUAAUAAUAAUUUCAUGGAUGGUCUUCAUGAAGUGCUGGGCCUGGAAUCAUUACAACAGAUAGAGGACUUAGAUCUAUCGGACUGUGACUUGACAAGCAAAGGUGGUGAUGGAGUGAUGAGAUCAUUUUCUAAGAUGACCAAACUUAGGAAUGUUGAUUUAAGUUGGAACCAUUUUGAGAAGGAUGUGCUAGUCGCACUUGGUGCCUUGCCAUCCCUUCAAUCUCUCAACCUAAGCUAUAAUCCUUCUAUUGAAGGUCCACUCACCAAUCUAGAUUUAAUUGGGUUUCAUCAUUUAGAAAUUCUAAACCUUGCUAGUUGCAGAUUAAAUGGAACCAUACCAGCUCAGAGUUUUUGUAAAAUGAAUAAACUUCAAAAGUUGGAUCUUUCAUAUAAUUCUCUACAAGGAGACAUCCCUAUAUGUCUGAAGGAGUUGUCAUUUUUGAAGUAUUUCAGUAUCUAUAAGAAUCAAUUGAAUGGAAACAUAUCUUUAUCCUUAUUCAGAGAUCUCAACUCAUUGGAAUAUAUUGAUCUAAGGGAUAAUAGUCUACAAGGAUCUUUGUCUUUAAAGACAUUUGCCAAUUUUUCUAAGCUUGAAGAUGUACUAAUAAGUAGUUACAGUGAUAAGCUGGUGGUAGAAUCGGAUGUAGUUGAUUGGGUUCCUAAGUUCCAAUUGAAGAGUCUUAUGCUAUCCAAUUGCAACUUGAAGGAAUUCCCCAAGUUUCUUCUUUACCAGAAGCAUCUUCAGUUCUUUAAUCUCUCUCACAACAAAGUAGAAGGUUCCUUUCCCGACUGGUUGUUGGUAAACAAUACUGAGCUCAAUACAUUAUCGAUGCGAAAUAAUAAUUUAGUUGAAGGCAAUAUAUUCUCUAACUUGUUCAAUCGGAGUAUAGGAGGACGACGAUAUCUAAAUUCCAUUGACAUAAGCUACAACAACAUGUCAGGUCAAAUUCCAAUAACAACAACAACUACUAAUCGUUCCAUCUUCGUGGAUUUACUUGCCAUGCGAGGCAAUUCGUUUUCUGGCCCGUUCCCAUGCCAUCUAGUUGGGACGUUUUAUUAUUUGGAUAUUUCUUAUAACUCAUUCUCGGGAGAAUUACCAGCUGAUUGUUCAAGCUUUACAUACUCCUCUCACCUGAACUUGUAUGGGAAUAGAUUCACAGGAUUGAUUCCGGAAACUAUUUUCAAUUCAUCAGGACGCGUGACAUUGGACAUUGGAAAUAACUGCUUCUCUGGAAGGAUCCCAACUCAUCUCAAUCAUAGCACAAAUUUGCAAGUGUUAUCUUUGAGAGGAAAUAAUUUGAGUGGAGAAAUUCCGCAUGAGUUAUGCCAAUUGAAAAGGUUAAAUUGGUUAGAUUUGUCUCACAACUCCUUUUCAGGAUCUAUUCCUACUUGCUUAGGCAAUAUGAUCACUUUGGGGGAAAACACAGACAUUCUAGAUGGUACAUUAAAAAUAGAAGAUGGUGGAUCAACGAUAUUUGCUGAUAAUCCGGCUGAUGUGCUGAUUUCCACCAAGUACAGGGUUGAUUCCUAUUCUGGUGAGUUAUUGUCAUUGAUGUCUGGAUUGGAUCUAUCAUCUAACAACUUGGAAGGAGAAAUUCCGAAUGGACUCGGAAAUCUGAUUUUUAUCCAUGCGCUCAACCUAUCACACAAUUGCUUAAGUGGACCCAUUCCUCAAACAUUUUCAAACCUGAUGCAGAUAGAGAGUCUAGAUCUUUCUCAUAACAAUCUCAGUGGAGAAAUUCCAUCCAACCUAGUGAAUCUGAAUUUUAUGGAAACAUUUUCUGUAGCAUAUAACAAUCUAUCGGGAAGACUCCCAGAUAUGAUGAAGGGUCAAUUUGGAAGCUUCGAAGGAGAUAGUUAUGCAGGUAACCCCUUUCUAUGCGGACCUCCAUUGAAGAAAGACUGUAGUAAGGUCAAGAAGGAUGAUGGUGAAGAUGAGGAACUGCAUGGUCAUGAAGAAGCUGCAUGGUAUACUACUAUUGACAGAGAGGAAUUCUAUGCAAGUUUUAUGGCAACCUAUAUUGUCUACAUUUUGGGAUUCAUCACCGUGCUCUGGAUCAAUACCCGUUGGCGUAACAGGUGGUUUAAUUUCAUAGAGAAUAUAUUAUUUUCAUCUUACUAUUUUUUAUCUGAUGCAUUGUUUAAGUGUUUUAAAGUUCGGAUAUGAUCAUCUCCAAAAUCAAUCCAGCUGUGCUCUAUGUCCUAUUAAUAAUGUAUUUCUUAUUUCCAAUGAAAUAGUUGUACAAGUUUACUACUAAUGAGCAUAUCUUGUAAACCCAAAAUUUUAAUUUGGAUCAAUUUAAUUUGGUUUUGG